AACUGAGGGAGGCAGGGAAUUCCUCCAGCAACUUUGUCUCUUAUCUAUUGAAACGUACCUAUUCGGCAGAUCAACCCAAGUCAAGCCUGCUCUCUUCUCCAAGAAGCAACUUUGGAUUUCUUGAAUUAAGACACGGAGUUCGGACAGGAACUGCUGAAAGUGGAGGAAAGUCCUUUCUGUCUGCUUGGCCAAAGGAGCUACUCUCAUGGCUAAGUUUAAGGUGACUGAAGUCUUUGAGGGCAUCUCCAUGCCAGGAUAUCUGCACACCCAGGAGAGUCUGCGCGCUGCCACCAACUUCCAGUUUCAAGACACAGACGUCCUCUUGGUCACCUUCCCAAAGUCAGGUACAACCUGGAUGCAGCAAAUCCUGAGUCUCAUCUUCAACAAAGAGGACUUCCAGAACAUCCAGAGCAUACCUACCUGGGCUCGGGUCCCCUGGAUUGAGCAGAUAUAUUUAUCGAACUAUUUGCCCCAGAUGGAGGCAUCCAAACCACGCCUCUUCACCACUCACUUAACUGCCAACUUACUGAUCAAUAAUCUAAAGACCUCCAAGACUCGAGUGGUGUACGUGGCACGGAACCCAAAGGAUGUCCUGGUCUCCUACUAUCAUUUCCACAAGUUGGCAAAGUUUCUGCCAGAAAUCGGCUCCUUUGAUGACUUCUUUGACCAGUUCCUGGAGGGCAAAGUGAAUUUUGGUUCCUGGUUUAACCACAUAAAGGACUGGCUAGGUGUCCAGCAAGAUCUGAAUUUCUUUCUGAUCACUUACGAAGACCUCUCCCAGGACCCUCGUGGGGCUAUCCAGAGACUAUCCAACUUCCUGGGCCAGCAGCUAGAAUCCAAAGAACUUGAGAACAUCCUACAUUACUGCAGUUUUUCCUUCAUGAGUCAAAAUGAGCAGCUCAACUAUUCCCUUGUCCCUCCAGAGGCAUUUGACCACAGCGUGGAAAAGUUUAUGAGGAAAGGUGUAACAGGAAACUGGAAGGAACACUUCUCACCUGAGCAGAAUGCCAGAUUCAAUAAUGUCUACCAGGCAGAGAUGGGAGAUCUUGCUGUUAAACUGCCCUGGUCCCUGGACUGACCAGGAAAACAAAAACCAGCCCCUUUCAUUGGCAGGCUGAUUACUACAGUGAUGCUUCACCUCUACUUGGCCCCACACCCUCACACCCCUACAUUGAUAAGCUAUGGGCUGUCCAGAAGGGGGCAAAAGUCUGGCUGAGGAUAGACCACUGGUAGUUCAGGACUCAUAUUGGAACAAAAUAAGACACUCAUAGGUUAUUGAAUAGUUAACAGAAGGAAGGUUACUUAUCCAUAGAAGGCAAUUCACUUCCUUCUGAGAAGAGUAGGUUUACUUCUGCAUAGAGUGGCUGGACCUGGAGUCAGAAAGACCUGAGUUCAGAUCCAGCCUCAGACACCUCCUAGCUAUGUGACCCUGGACAAG